AUGUCUUUCUCUAGCCUCGUUCAGGACUUGUCCCUCCGCGACAACGGUGUAGCGCGCAGACGAGGUGACGCCUCCGUUUCGACCGUCAACGACACUGCUUCCCGCACAUCGCACAUCUCGAGAGCCAUGUCGUACGCCAGCACUUCUGCCACGAGCGUCAGCAUCUCUGGUGAUAUCUCGAGUCAGCUGCAUGCUGGUUACAGCCAUCCUCUUGCGCGGUCAUGGCAGGCCGAGCGCCAAUUGACCAAGUCCAUGCUCAUCUACCCCCUUUUCGUGUCUGAUCAAGACGAUGAGGAGGUGCUUAUUCCCUCUCUCCCGUGCCAAUACCGCCGCGGUGUCAACAGGCUCAUUCCGUACCUUGAGCCGCUCGUCCAGAAAGGUCUCCGUUCCGUCAUCCUGUUCGGUGUGCCAUUGAGACCAGGGACCAAGGACGCCCUUGGCACCUCCGCCGACGACCCGCAAGGUCCCGUCAUUCGCAGCAUCCAGCUUCUGCGCCAAAGAUUCCCCCAUCUUUAUAUCGUUGCCGAUGUCUGCCUUUGCGAGUACACUUCCCAUGGCCACUGCGGUAUCUUGAGGGACGAUGGCAGCCUGAACAACCAGCUGUCUGUUGACCGUAUCUCCGACGUUGCGGUCUCGUACGCUCGGGCUGGCGCUCACUGCGUUGCGCCUUCAGACAUGAACGACGGCCGCAUCCGGGCCAUCAAGCUCAAGUUGAUUGAGGAGGGUAUUGUGCACAAUGUGACGCUCAUGUCGUAUGCUGCCAAGUUUUCCGGAUGUCUUUACGGACCCUUCCGCGAUGCUGCUGGCUCGGCGCCCUCGUUUGGUGACCGUAGAUGCUACCAGCUCCCCCCUGGAGGUCGUGGCCUCGCUCGUCGGGCCAUCAUCCGUGAUAUCAGCGAGGGAGCCGAUAUCAUCAUGGUCAAGCCGGCUUCUCAGUACCUGGACGUUAUCAGCGAUGCUAAGGAGCUCGGCAAGGACCUGCCCAUUGCGGCCUACCAGGUCAGCGGCGAGUUUGCCAUGAUUCACGCGGCGGCCAAGGCUGGUGUUUUUGACCUCAAGGCCAUGGCGUUUGAGAGCACAGAGGGCAUUCUCAGGGCGGGAGCGACCAUCAUCAUCAGCUACUUCACACCAGAAUUCCUGGACUGGCUGAGCAAUUGA